AUGUCUUUGCUGCUACGAGGAGUAUUUGCGGCUGUAAAUAAAUCUGGGCGCACAGGAGGAGAAGUAGAAGGGGUUGUGCAGAAGUAUAUUGAAACAGCCCGGAUAGUUGAAGAAACCAUACAAGAAGCACUGAAGGAUAAUAAAUAA